GCCGCCGCCGCCGCUGUGAGUUGCCUGCUUCCCCGCGGGGCGGCCGGCGUGGGCGGGGGCGGCGCGACCCUCCGAGCGCCGGGCAGGGGGCUUCCAGGCCGGCGCGGGGGCGGGACGGACAGCCCCACACCGACAUGUAACCAUGGACUGCAGGACCAAGGAAAAUCCAGAGAGAACCUUUGACUUGGUAUUGAAAGUGAAAUGUCAUGCCUCUGAAAAUGAAGAUCCGGUGGUAUUGUGGAAAUUCCCAGAGGACUUUGGCGACCAGGAAGUACUACAGAGCGUGCCCAAGUUCUGUUUCCCCUUUGACAUUGAAAGAGUAUCCCAGACUCAAGUUGGACAGCACUUUACCUUUGUACUGACAGACAUUGAAAGUAAACAGAGAUUUGGAUUCUGCAGACUCACAUCAGGAGGCAAAAUUUGCUUGUGCAUUCUUAGUUACCUGCCAUGGUUUGAAGUAUAUUACAAGCUUCUAAAUACUCUGGCAGAUUACUUGGCUAAGGAACUGGAGAAUGAUUUGAAUGAAACUCUCAAAUCACUCUAUAACCACCCAGUACCAAAGGCAAACACUCCUGUCAAUUUGAGUGUGAACCAAGAGAUAUUUAUUGCCAGUGAGCAAGUUCUGAAAGAUCAGCCCUUCCUAGUACCGCAUUCCUACUUCAUUGCCCCAGAUGUAACUGGACUCCCAACAAUUCCUGAGAGUAGAAAUCUUACAGAAUAUUUUGUUGCCGUGGAUGUGAAUAAUAUGCUGCAACUAUACGCCAGCAUGUUGCAUGAGAGGCGCGUCAUUAUUACCUCUAGCAAAUUAAGCACUUUAACUGCCUGUCUCCAUGGAUCAGUUGCCCUGCUAUACCCAAUGUACUGGCAGCACAUAUACAUCCCAGUGCUUCCGCCGCACCUGCUGGACUACUGCUGUGCUCCGAUGCCAUACCUGAUUGGAAUACACUCCAGCCUCAUAGAGAGAGUGAAAAAUAAAUCAUUGGAGGAUGUGGUUAUGUUAAAUGUUGACACAAACACUUUAGAAUCACCAUUUAAUGACUUGAACAACCUACCAAGUGAUGUGGUCUCGGCCCUGAAAAAUAAACUGAAGAAGCAGUCUACAGCUACAGGGGAUGGAGUAGCUAGGGCCUUUCUUAGGGCACAGGCUGCUUUGUUUGGAUCCUACAGAGAUGCACUGAGAUACAAACCUGGGGAGCCCAUCACUUUCUGUGAGGAGAGUUUUGUAAAGCAUCGUUCAAGUCUGAUGAAACAGUUCUUGGAAACUGCAGUUAACCUCCAACUUUUCAAGCAGUUUAUUGAUGGUCGACUGGCAAAAUUAAAUGCAGGACGGGGUUUCUCUGAUGUAUUUGAAGAGGAAAUCACUUCAGGUGGCUUUUGUGGAGGGAACCCGAGGUCAUAUCAACAGUGGGUGCAUACAGUCAAGAGAGGAGGUGCACUGUUUAACACAGCAAUGACCAAAGCAACUCCAGCUGUACGGACAGCAUAUAAAUUUGCAAAAAAUCAUGCAAAGCAGGGAAUAAAGGAAGUGAAGAGUAAGCUAAAACAUAAGGAAAAUGAAGAAGAUUAUGGGACCUGUUCUGGUUCUGUACAAUAUACACCAGUUUACACAUUACACAAUGAAAAGGGAGGAAAUCUAGAAAAGCGUAAGCUUGCCCAGGGACGCUUGAAAAGACCUCUUAAGAGCCUUGAUAGUGCUCUGUAUGAUGACGACCAUGACGAGAGAGCAAGCAAGUUAUCCUCUGAAGAUGGAGAAGAAGCUUCUGCUGAUUUUUAUGAAAGCGAUGACUCCGUUGAAGCAAGAGUAAAGACUCCUUACUCAGGUGAAAUGGACCUACUAGGAGAGAUCUUAGAUACACUGAGCACACACAGCUCUGACCAAGGAAAGCUGGCAGCAGCGAAGAGCUUGGAUUUCUUCAGAUCAAUGGAUGAUAUUGAUUACAAACCUACGAAUAAAUCCAAUGCACCUAGUGAGAAUAAUCUGACCCUACUUUGCAGUGGUUCUGGUGACCAAGUAGAGUGGCAUCUCGGGCAAGAUGAUAGUGCCCUUCAUGGCAAACACCUUCCUCCAUCUCCCCGGAAGCGAGUUCCCUCUAGUGGUUGGACAGAUUCUCUGUUUAUCCUGAAAGAGGAAAACAAUGAAAAACACCUCAGUGUUGACAAUGUGAGGGGGCCCGCGGUCACAGAAAAGGCAGCUUCUGCUUCAGAACUGGAUUUCCAGUUAGCUUCGCCUGAAGUUUCCGAAGAUGAAAAGUGUAAAACAGAAAGGAAGGAAACACUAAGCCAGAUUUCAGAUGAUCUGCUUAUACCCAGCCUUGGGCGACAUUCAUCUACUUUUGUCCCUUGGGAGAAAGAAGGGAAAGAAGCCAAAGAGACUUCAGAAGAUAGUGGACUGCUUCAUGAAGUGGUGUCGUUAUGUCACAUAACAUCUGCCUUCCAGCAAGACUUAAACAUUUCAGAGGAAAACACAAGUGGAAACCAAACUUAAAUCAACAGUUAAGAGUCACGUGCAUCUAAGCUUCUAUGGAGACAUUUUAGGAUUCCAUGUAAUCUCUAUAGUAAACAGAAUUAUAUGUAGGAAUGA